AAAAAUUCGAUAAAAAAUAAAAUAAUUAACGAAAAUGUCUGUUAAUACAGCCCACGCCAAUAAUGGCGUACUAAUACAUGCGGGAGAAUAUAUAUUACUCCACAGCGAUAAUGUUACCAUGGAAUUUUCUGGUCAAGACAGUUCAGUCUUUAAGGGUACCAAGGCUGGACGCAUCUACUUGACUUCGCAUCGUAUGAUUUUCAAUAGCAAGAAGUCCGGUGAUGAAAUGCAAUCGUUUAGUGCUCCAUUUAUUGCCAUGAAUGAUGUUGAAUUGGAACAACCGGUAUUCGGUGCCAAUUACAUCAAGGGCAAAGUACGUGCCCAGCCAAAUGGCAACUUCGUUGGUGAAGUUAAAUUCAAACUCUACUUCAAAUCCGGCGGUGCCAUAGAAUAUGGUAUGGCUCUGUUGAGGGCAGCUAAAACCGCUCAAAGCAAUUAUCAUCGUGGUGGUUUGCAAGGUGAUGAUCCACCACCAUAUACACCAUCCGGAAAUUGGCAUGAAGCACCACCACCAGCCUAUCAGCCACCACCAGGCUACUACGGUUGGUUGCCACAGCACGAGGCGUUUAGUGGACCAGCACCCAAUACGGUAUAUCAAAGUGAUAAUCCACCACCGUAUCCGGGUAUUGGAGGACCUCCAGCAUAUGGUGCUCCGGGUAGUUCGGCUCCUCCAUAUGGAGGGGCACCGGGUUAUGGUGGGGCUCCGGGUUAUGGUGGAGCCCCAGGUUAUGGCGCACCUGGCUAUGGUGCCCCUGGUUAUGGUGGCGCUCCGGGUUAUGGUGGUAAUGCCCCACCUUAUAGUGCUCCACCAUAUGGUGAUCCAUCAUCUCAGCCGAAUUUAUAUCCUUCUGUUCCACCAUCACAUCCUUACAAUCCCAAUCAACCACAGCCUUAUAAUCCAAAUCCCCAGGGUAAUAAUCAAGGUUGGGGUGGUUUUUCGGCACCACAGCAGCCACAGCAACAACAGCAUCAAAAACAAAACAAUGUCUCAAACAAUUCCUCUCAACAACAGCAACAACGUGAGGAGCCACCAUCAUGGAACGGAUUUUCAUUGCCACCAGACGAUGAUGAACCAGCUCAACGUCAACAGAAUCAAACACAACAAUCUUCAGCACCAUCAUCACAUGCUGCUGGCGGUUAUGGAGGUGGGUAUCCCCCGGCACCGAAUGGUGGAGGAGCUGCUCCUCCUCCAUAUCCACCUUAUCCUAAUUAUGCACCAAAUAGCGGUUAUCCACCAUAUCCACCACAGCCCUAUGGUGGUGGUAGUGGUGGAUAUCCUCCGUAUCCUCCGGCAGCUGGAGGUCCUCCAGCGGGGGCAAUGGGUUUCACUGCACCAAAUUAUCAUUCAAAGGAAGCUGAAGCCUUAGCCAGUGCUUAUAAUACAACUGAAAAUCAACGACCAAGUGGUUCACGCGGAGAUGCUCCACCACCAGCUUAUGAUGAUUUGCCACCAACCUACGAUGAUUCUAAUCGCAAAAAGUAUCAGUAA